AUAUUUGACGUUUUGUGGAUUUUCAGUGCUACGAUUGCCAGAGACAAACUUGUGCAAACAUCGUUCGCGCAAAUUUCCCAAUAUGAAGCUGCUUAACAAUUUGCUGCUGAAGCGUACUUCCACGUAUCUGGUCGGCAUCGCGGGAGCAGUGUUUUUCUUCGAACGAGGCUUCGACAUGAUCUCUGAUGCUGUGUUUACUUCUCAUAACAAAGGCAAACUAUGGGAUGACAUUAAGUCGAAGUACGAACAGUAAAACAACCUGAUGAAAUAGAUUGGUUACAGUUUAUUACUAAUAAAAUGUAGCUCACUAAAAGCGUA